AUGGAUCAUAAAGACGUAGUUGAUGCGCGAACUGAGGGAGUUGAGGCAGUACUGCGGUCGUUGUCACCGAGAAUGCGACGAGCUGGGACGUCGAGUGGGUAUUCUUACUCAUUUUGAUGCAGACGUGCACGUGACUUAUCUGAACUUAUUGACUAAUAUAAUCUGAUUUUCAUUUUCCUGUUUUUGACACUUGAUAAUGCUGUUGAUAGUUACCCUUUUCUCUUUUAUAUCUUCCUCUGGUCUGUUUUUUUUCUAGUUAGGUCGGCUCCACCACAAUUAUAGACAGGCUUACUGUUCUUUCUAUUUUCAAUUUCACGUGCGACCAAACGUCGACCUUCAGAAAACUAACAGGAGCCCCAUCCUCCGCAUGCUCUCCAACCACACUUUGGCCGACCACGAACGCAUCCGAGACACCCUUCGCAUGUGCGAGAACAGUCCCAAACUCUGUAAGUCCGUACCGCAGAACCUUCUGCUGGAUCAACUAGCCGAUUUUAACGUUUUUGCGCCAGUGUUGAUGUCUGCGACUUCACGUCGUGCUGUGGCGAAGAAGAUAGCCCCGUGUGAUGAAGAUGCC